AUGGCUGCCAAUUAUUGGGCGUCGACCCAACGACGGCACUGGCUGUUUACCCGCGAGAAGCUGGCAGAGAUCCGUGAAAGCUUCAAGGAGAAAGACAAGGUCGCUCAUUCGCAGUUCCCUUUGCCGGAUCAAAGGCUGCUUAAUGUUUACUUCAGUCAACAAUUAAUCAAGCUUGGCAAGAGAAUGUCCACGCGACAGCAAGCGCUAGCAACCGCGCAAGUAUAUAUCAAACGCUUCUAUACCAAGAACGAAAUCAGACAUACGAACCCGUAUCUGGUCGUGACCACUGCGUUCUAUCUCGCCUGUAAGAUGGAGGAAUGUCCUCAGCAUAUUCGCUUCGUCGUCGGGGAAGCCCGCGGGCUCUGGCCGGAGUUUAUCGCCCCAGAUGUCUCAAAGCUAGGCGAAUGCGAGUUCUCCCUAAUUUCGGAGAUGAGCUCUCAGCUUAUCAUUCAUCACCCGUAUCGAACUUUAUCCGAACUCCAACCGGAGCUGGCCCUCACGUCGGACGAGGUAGCACUUGCAUGGUCAGUGAUCAACGACCACUAUCUGACCGACUUGCCUCUACUCUACCCACCGCAUGUCAUUGCCGUCAUGGCCAUCAUUGUUGCUGUUGUUUUCAAGCCAAGCCAGACCAGUUUUCAUGGUUCCGCCGCACCAUUGGCUGGGGCGAUGCGGGAUGGGGGGUUGAACAUCCUUGCGGCAUUAAGUGAUAAGAAUGGCAGUGGUCCCCCAGCGCGUAUUCAAAGGUUAGUUGCAUGGCUGGCCGAGAGUGAGAUCGACAUCAAAGCAGUCAUUGAGUGUACUCAGGAGCUGGUCUCGCUGUACGAAAUCUGGGAGCAGUACAGUGAAAAGCACUGCAAGGAACUGCUGGGUCGUAUGGUCAAAACCAAGAACCUUGACAAAUGA